AUGUCUAAUAAUGAGUGGGUGAACAGAGACCAUGAUGGUAUCAGGACCACAGCUAAUAUUACCAGUUCAUCUUCAAAAUUCACAGACGAUUCGGCCAGACAGCCACCUGCAAAAUCAAGUUCGAAGCGUCCGCCGAGUCGGAACAGUAAGAAGUCGCCAUCAGACGUCUCUCCUCCAGCCCAGACACCGACCUCACGCCGUCAGAAGAACCGUUUGAACAAGAAGGAUCAGGAUGUUUCGAUGAAAGAGGACGACGAGGAAGAGAAUGAAAAACCUGUUAGAGGAGCAAGAGAGAGCCUUCCACCAUCACAUCGAUCCACCCAGAGCGACAGCAACGACGGAGACGACCAGAGCGAAAUGGACGACGAUGACGCCCCCGAUCCUUUCUCCGCAGCCUUAUUCGGCCCUGGCCGUGGCGUCGCUUCGGGUCUAUCGAGUACACUUAGAGCGUUGAGCGGAAUGAUGAGUGGCAUGUCAUCGAGACUGAGAGACAUCCUGAACAACCUUCGACAAGCAGACAAUCCUACGAUGCAAAUGUUAGCCCUCGAGGAACUGUCCAACUUGCUGUUGGUGUCCAACGAGGAUAACCUUUCUGGCCAAUUCUCUCCAGAUCCUUAUGUCAAGGAGCUCGUGGCUCUGAUGCAACCAAACUCAAUCACAGGUGAGGAGAAUCCGGAGAUCAUGCUGCUAGCUUGCCGAUGCAUUGCCAACUUGAUGGAGGCUUUGCGGGGCUCUGUUGCCAACGUUGUGUAUGGCGGCGCUGUCCCGGUUCUGUGUCAAAAGUUGCUUGAUAUCCAGUACAUCGACGUCGCCGAACAGGCUUUGAGCACACUGUCCAAGAUUUCCGUCGACUUUCCGGGAGCGAUCGUUCGGGAGGGUGGCUUGACAGCCUGUCUACAGUUUCUAGACUUCUUUGCCACCAGUACCCAGCGAACUGCUGUCACCACUGCCGCCAACUGUUGCCGUAACAUACCGCACGAUUCUUUUCCAGUCAUACGCGACGUCAUGCCAAUCCUCUUGAAUGUCUUGUCAAGCCAUGAUCAAAAGGUAGUUGAGCAAGGUUGCCUCUGCGUUACUCGAGUCAUCAAUAGUUUCAAGCACAGUCCGGCAAAGCUGGAGCAAUUGGUCGACGUGCCACUUCUGCGAGCAAUCCUUGGGCUCCUCCUCCCCGGCACCACAAAUCUGAUCGGGGCCAACAUUCAUACGGAGUUUCUGCGUGUGCUCGCGAUCGUCGCUCGAGCUAGCCCGAGGUUGUCCGCCGAGUUGUUGAAGAUGAAUGUUGUCGACACUUUGUACCAGAUUCUUGCAGGAGUCUCGCCACCAUCCGAGACUACUGAUGCUGCUUCAAAGAUCGAUAGCGUGGUCAUCAUGCAGGCCCUGAUCCAUAGACCUCGUGAGCAAGUGUACGAGACUUUAAACGUCAUUUGCGAACUCCUUCCUCGCCCCAGGCUUGCCAACGGUAUGGACCCGGAAAUUUAUGACGAUUUGGUCGACAAGCUCGCAAACGACGAGGCCCCUGCCACCGGCUCUUCGAAAGCUGAGAAGAGACGCCAAUUGCUUGAGGAUUGCAAGCAAGAGACGCGCCGGUUUGCAAUGAUCCUCCUGCCAACAUUGACCGACGCGUACUCCAGUACAGUGAACCUGAGCGUGCGACAAAAGGUUCUCAUCGCUCAAUUGAAAAUUCUGUCUAAUCUCGAGACCUCUGUCAUCGAAGAGGCGCUUCGCCCUGUACCAUAUGCUUCUUUCCUCGCCUCGAUACUCUCUCAAGAGGAUCAUCCGAGCCUGGUCAUGUUUGCUCUUCAGGCAUCAGAGCUACUUUUCGAGAGACUGGAAGAUAUCUACCAGUACCAGUUUCACCGCGAAGGGGUGAUUGGCGAAAUUAUGAAGCUUGCCGAGAGACCCUUACCCUUGGACAACAACAAACCGUCCAGUGCCACUAGCAGUGACCGCAACGGAGGGGCCGGUCGCGGCAACGAAGGUAUUGACAAUGCCACCAAAAUCGAUAGUGUCACCAGCACACCUUCCAAAUACGAACGUGGGAGUGACGGUGAGGACGACGAAGGCCGGGACGACGACGGAGUCGACGAAGAGGAUGACGAAGACGGUGACGACGAAGACGGUGACGACGAAGACGACGACGACGACGACGGUGCAGAUCCCGAAGAUGAAGACAAUGACGACGAUCGCAACGAAGACGAUGUUGCAGUCAGGCAUGAUCAUGAUUUAGACGAUUCACAGAGCUCUGAUUCUUCUGAUGGCGAGGAAGUGCCUUCUCCACUUGCCAUUGCUGGAAUCUCCGACUUGGUGGUAGUGCGCGCAAAGAAAUUUUUGGACAAGUAUGACACAACAAAGGGCAGGGAACUCAAAGAGAAGGCCUCGGAGAUUCGCGUUGAUCUUGACAAACUCGCCAACGACAUCGAAGCAUUCUACAGCCAGCCAAGACAGAUGGAAAGCAGCAAUCAGCUGUUUACUCGUCUGGGCAGUUACUUCGAUGGCGACGCCCUUGAAAGCAUAACAAGUUCAGAAUUAUUGGACUCAGGUAUCAUCCGCGUCCUGGUCCAAGUGUUGUCUGAAGACCUCUCCACCGCACACAGCACUGCCAGGGCACAGUUUGUGUCAGCGUUCAUGCAACCAAUCAACCAGAGCAGGCUCACAACAAGUUCAGCUCUGUCCACCGUCACACCGUUCAGCGUACUCAUUCAGAAACUCCAGGAUUUGCUGAGCCGUGCCGAACAUUUCGAGGUUCUCACCGUCAACAAUAAUGCGUCCGAGAACAGUCGGAGCAGCUCCGCCUCAAUGCUUUCACGUCAGCUGCGACUGAGGCUUUCAGCUGAUACUGAGAGUGACAUUCCCCUUGCAUAUCGAGAGAUGAUUGUCUCCAUCCAUGCAAUUGCUACUUUCAAAGCCCUGGACGAUUAUCUUCGCCCUCGAUUUACUGCGGCCGAACGUCCAGCUUCGGCUCAGCGACGGCGGGAUAUGUUGCAGCAAAUAGCAAAUGCACGGCUUGCCCACCUUUCAGGCGCUGCAGAAUCAGGCCUUUUCUCCCCAUUUGGGCAGGACAUUGGUGCACCAGCUCCUCUUGCGACUGCGGAUCCUCUGGCUGCGAUGCGACUCUCGUCCCAAACAAAACAACGAUCUGAGGAGAAGCAGACUGCUGUAGAGAAGAAAUCUGUCGAAAAGGCUGACCGUAAGCGGUCAGCUCGACGAAACCAAGCAUCCUCAUCAAGCUUGCCACCUGCGUUAGCCCCUGAACCAAGUUCCGAGGACGUAGGCAACAAACUUGAAUGUGCAGACGAGAGAGUAUUAAAAGAUGACGAUGCUCCCGACGGUGAAGGUGAUGGUGCUCUUGAAGCUUUCGUCGAAGAUCUCGAAGACGACCUGUCCGAUGAUGAUGCGCCAGAACCGGGGGCAGUCAACAUGGAGAUUGGAUCCUCUGGGAAGGUGACAGCUCGUCAAGAGGAUGGAACAAGAGUGUUCACACCGCAACCGGGUACUCCAAUCCCUGGGAACACUCGACCGCCAUCCUCAGACCAGUCUCCUGGGCCAUCCCCUGCCACAGCAGCUGGUCGUCCAUCAUAUGCCGCCGCACUAGCAAGCACGCCGCAGGAUUGGCAUAUUGAAUUCAGCAUCGACGGGAAGGUUAUCCCCAACAACACUACUAUCUACCGAGCUGUCCACUACAAUCGCGAUCAACCCCAAGAUCAAAUUUCUCGGACCAUCUGGUCAGGAGUUCACACGGUCAAAUUUCGAAAGGUCCGCGGUCCCCCACCUGAUCUGUCAAGUCUCUCUGUUUGGGGUGAAUCACAAAAGCAAGGCUCCGGUGAUGGUCUGCCAGCCUCGCUUGACGGUCAUCCAGUCACAUCGUCAAUUCUGUCUUUACUCCGGAUUCUUCACGAGCUCAACGCAAAUCUAGAUGAUGUCCAAGAAAUGAUUGGUCAGGCAGGUCUGAAGCUAUACCAAGAGUCUCUUGCGUCUUUCAUCAACACCAAGCUGACUGCCAAGAUGAAUCGUCAACUUGAGGAGCCUCUGAUCGUUGCCAGCAAUUGCUUGCCAGAGUGGAGUGAAGAUCUUGCCCGCUCUUUCCCAUUCCUUUUUCCGUUUGAAACCCGGCACCUGUUUUUGCAGUCCACCUCGUUUGGCUACUCCCGAUCUAUGAUUCGUUGGCAGAACAACCAGUCAGAGAAUGAUGACCGGCGUGAUCGCCGGAGAGAUGACCGACCGUUGCUAGGUCGACCACAACGCCAGAAAGUCCGUAUCUCUCGCCAUCGCAUCCUCGAGUCCGCCAUGAAGGUUAUGGACAUGUAUGGCGCUUCGCCAAGUGUCCUAGAAGUUGAGUACUUUGAAGAAGUGGGCACGGGAUUGGGUCCUACUCUUGAAUUCUACUCGUCUGUGUCGAAGGAGUUUUCGAAGAAGAAGCUGAAGAUGUGGCGCGAGAAUGACUCUGCUCACCAAGAUCAAUUUGCAUUUGGCAGCAACGGCCUAUUUCCUGCGCCGAUGAGUGAUGCCGACAUUCCUGGAGAGGCGGGCAAGAAGCUUUUGCUACUGUUCAAGAUUCUCGGAAAGUUUGUCGCUCGAUCGAUGCUUGACUCUCGAAUCAUCGACAUAUCCUUCAGUCCAACAUUCUUUAAGGUAGGAGGAGUAUCAACCACGGUUCCAUCAAUUCCCCUCCUGCGCACUGUUGAUCGGGACUUGGCAAAUUCCCUUGCGCAGCUGCAACGAUUCGUCCGGGCGAAGACGAAGAUCGAGCUUGACUCGUCCUUGACCAAGAUCGAGAAAGCGCAAGCAAUCGAUAACAUCACAAUUCACGAUGCGAGAGUGGAAGAUCUCAUGCUGGACUUCACCCUUCCCGGCUAUCCUGGCAUCGAGCUGAUCGAAAACGGAUCUAAUGUCGGCGUUACAAUCGAUAAUGUCCAGAAAUACAUUGACCGAGUGCUCGACUUGAGUUUGGGAAGUGGAGUUCGAUCCCAGAUCGAGGCAUUCCAGGCGGGAUUCUCCCAAGUAUUCUCAUAUUCCAGUCUAAAGGCGUUCACACCGGACGAGCUAGUCAUGUUGUUUGGUCGCGUUGAAGAAGACUGGUCCAUCGAGACACUGAUGGACUCGGUCAAGGCAGAUCAUGGCUACAACAUGGAUAGUAAGAGCGUCAAAAACCUUCUGCAGACAAUGUCGGAACUCAACCCUGCCCAACGCAGAGACUUCUUGCAAUUUGUCACUGGCAGUCCCAAGCUUCCCAUCGGAGGAUUCAAGAGCCUGACGCCGAUGUUCACCGUGGUUUGCAAGCCUAGUGAACCCCCUUAUACGUCAGAUGACUAUCUGCCAAGUGUCAUGACUUGUGUCAACUACCUCAAGCUCCCCGAUUACUCUUCACAGGCAGUGUUGAAGGAGCGUAUGUUUGUUGCCAUCCGAGAAGGACAAGGAGCAUUCCACUUGUCCUAG